AUGUCAACAAGCAAAGAACAAAUAAAGGUUAUAUUAUCUAAUAAUGGUGAUAAACUUGUGAAUAUUGCACGUGACUCAUCAACACCCAUACAUCUACAACAACGUCAAUAUAUCGACACGUUUGAAGAUAAUAGUUUAGCAACAUGCACGUAUGAUUGGUAUGAUGCACAAGCAUUUGACGCCAAACAUCUUGAGAAUUACGUUUGUUCAUUCGUGGCUUCUGUUGAAAAUCUGAUGAACCCAUCAAGAAACUUGGGUGUACCACAGAAACCAAAUCCUUAUUAUUUUACAGAAUGUGGAAAGUGUCAAUAUAUCAUCUUAACAAAUCGAGAUAUUGGCAAGAAACUUGUAUGUAUGAAUCCACGAGAGUCGUGCGGCCAUUAUAAUUAUACUCAACCACUACCCAAUAAUGAAUUCAUGAGUGACGUCUUGGAAUUAGUAAAUGAACAUUUUAAACUAAAUUCCGAAUAA